AUGGCGGCUUCUCCAUCAGAUGUUAUCAAUCCUGCUUCCGCAUCCCAGCUUCAUAACAUCAAUAUGUCCAACAUUACCAAGCUCAUUGCUUCAAAUUACUUAAUGUGCAACCUUCAAGUUCGUGCCUUGCUUGCUGGCUAUGGUCUUGCGGGGUAUCUUGAUGGAACCACGGUUGCACCAGACGCUAUUGUACACCAGGGUGAGACCACUAUUCCAAAUCCAGAGUAUAACCUUUUGAAAAGGCAAGAUCAACUCAUUGUUGCUAGCCUUCUCGGUGCGAUCUCGAUCGAGAUCCAACCCAUGCUCUCCAAGGCUUCCACGUCGGCAGAGAUCUCGAGCCUUCUUUCCUCUACGUAUGCUAAGCCAACGUGGCGACACAUCAAACAACUUCAGGAACAGAUCAAGAAAUGGCGAAAAGGUUCCCACAUUGUUGAUGAAUACAUUCAGGGUUUGGUUGUUCAUUUUGAUCAACUUGUUACCCUUGGCAAGUCGUAUGAACAUGAAGAACAGAUCGAGUACCUGCUCGGUGGUCUUCUGGAGGAUUAUAAGCCUCUUAUUGAUCAGAUCGAGGGACGUGAUACUCCUCCCUCCAUGCCCGCCAUUCAUGAAAAACUCAUCAAUUAUGAGCUGAAGCUUCAGGCACAAUUAUGGGGCUUGUGUGGCCUUCGUGGCGGAAUUUUGAGUCAUUGUGCCAUGUGA